CAGUAGUCUCGUAGCCUGUUGCUCUAUUAUUAUUACACUCUGUUUUCUCCAGAAACUCAUCGUUUUGCUUUGCUUUGAGCAAAUUCUUCAUUGUUACUGAAAAAAUGGAUGAAAAUUUUGAGGAGCAGAACAAGCUUCCAGAGCUCAAACUCGAUGCCAAACAAGCUCAAAGAUUUCUAUCAUUCUUCAAAACACUACCCGAGGACACUAGGGUUGUUCGGUUCUUCGAUCGCAGAGACUAUUACACUGCUCACGGAGACAAUGCAACUUUCAUAGCAAAGACGUAUUACCAUACCACGACUGCUUUACGACAAAUCGGUAGUGGGUCUGGUGCCAUCUCUAGUGUGAGUGUGAGUAGAAACAUGUUUGAGACAAUAACCCGUGACCUUCUCUUGGAGAGAACUGAUCAUACUCUUGAGUUGUAUGAGGGUAGUGGCUCAAACUGGAGAUUGGUUAAAACGGGAACCCCAGGGAAUCUUGGAAGUUUUGAGGACAUCCUUUUUGCAAAUAAUGAAAUGCGAGAUACUCCAGCGAUUGUAGCUCUUGUUCCUAACUUUCGUGACAAUGAAUGCACUGUCGGGUUAGCUUAUGUUGAUCUCACUAAGAGAAUGUUUGGCUUGACUGAAUUUCUUGAUGAUAACCAUUUCACGAACUCAGAGUCUGCUUUAGUUGCUCUUGGUUGCAAAGAAUGUCUAAUUCCCGCUGAGAUUACCAAAUCUUGUGAGUAUAGAGCUCUGCAAGAAGUAAUGACAAGGUGUGGUGUUAUGGUAACUGAAAGAAAGAAGUCUGAGUUUAAAGGAAGAGAUGUGGUGCAGGAUCUGGGUAGACUUGUCAAGGGUACUAAAGAACCAAUUCAAGAUUUAGUGUCUGGGUUUGAAUUGGCACCCGGAGCAUUGGGGUCCAUUCUUUCUUAUGCAGAAUUACUUGCAGAUGAGAGUAAUUAUGAAAAUUACACAAUUAGAAGAUAUAACCUCGACAGNCAGAAGGAAGAGCAAAAGGUCAGGAAGAAACUGAACACCCACUUUAUUAUUCUUGAUACUCGAAAAGAUGGAGUGAAAUUUACCAAUACAAAACUCAAGAAACUUGGGGAUCAAUACCAAAUGAUAGUUGAGGAGUAUAAGAACUGCCAGAAAGAACUGGUUGUUCGAGUAGUUAAAACUGCUUCAACAUUCUCUGAGGUAUUCGAGGGAAUAGCUGUGUUGCUCUCUGAAUUGGAUGUCUUGCUCAGUUUUGCAGAUUUGGCUGCAAAUUGCUCCACGCCAUACACAAGGCCAGACAUCACCCCUCCAGAUGUAGGAGACAUUAUACUAGAAGGAUGUAGACACCCUUGUGUGGAAGCUCAAGAUUGGGUCAAUUUCAUCCCAAACGAUUGUAAGCUAGUUAGAGGAAAGAGUUGGUUUCAGAUUAUUACUGGGCCUAAUAUGGGUGGAAAAUCUACAUUUAUACGCCAGGUUGGGGUUAAUAUCCUAAUGGCGCAAGUUGGCUCAUUUAUUCCCUGCGACAAAGCUAGCAUUUCUAUUCGUGAUUGUAUCUUUGCUCGUAUAGGUGCUGGCGAUUGCCAGCUUCGUGGAGUUUCAACUUUUAUGCAAGAAAUGCUUGAAACUGCAUCAAUCCUGAAAGGAGCUACUGAUAAAUCAUUGAUUAUUAUUGAUGAAUUAGGACGUGGGACAUCUACUUAUGAUGGAUUCGGCUUAGCUUGGGCCAUUUGUGAGCACAUUGUUGAAGCAAUUAAAGCACCUACUCUAUUUGCCACUCACUUCCAUGAGCUCACUGCUCUGGCUAAUGAAAAUAUGCAUGAUGAUCAAUCCAAGUACAGUGCUGGUAUAGUGAAUUGUCACGUUAGUGCACACAUUGACUCAAAAAACCGGAAGCUAACAAUGCUUUAUAAGGUGGAACCAGGAGCUUGUGAUCAAAGUUUUGGGAUUCAUGUUGCAGAGUUUGCCAACUUUCCUGAGAGUGUGGUUUCUCUUGCUAGGGAAAAGGCUGCUGAGUUGGAAGAUUUCUCACCUACAUCUAUACUUUUUUCUGAUGCCGAGGCAACCUCCAAACGAAAAAGAGAAUUUGACUCCGACGAUGUGUCAAGAGGUGCGGCCAGAGCCCGUCAAUUCUUGAAGGAUUUCACAGAGCUGCCAUUGGAUAAGAUAGCCGGGGAUAAGUGUCAAGUUUUACAACUACUGAAGGAAUUGAAAACCAAGUUGGAGAAGGAUGCAGGAGACUAUCCCUGGCUUCAGCAAUUCUUGCAAUAAUCUUCCCUCCAGGUGGGUGGGUGGGUAGGUAGGUACUAUGCAGCAUAUCAUUUUGUGGAUAUAGCUUAGCCAGUUCAUCUUCCAGCAGGGAGAUUUUUGUCUGUGUAUAUAAUCUAAUCAACUUCACAGGGAAAUUGAAAAAGAAAAAAAAAGCAUUAUUCUAUCUUCCUGUGAGGCUGUGGCAUGUCAAUGAAACUCUGGUUUUUGU